AUGUCAUUUGGAUUCCAGUUCGACGACUCCGAGAUGGACGAGGAGUACAUCUCGGGCUCGCUCUCUUCAAUCCAGCCAUCUGCAGCAUCAACGUCGACUUCAACAUCAGCUUCGUCUACCACUACCGCAGCACCGUUCAAAUCGCACUCGCUGCGUGAAAUGUUGCAGAACUUACCUUCAAGAAUAUCUUACUCGGCAAUCGACGUAAGCCUACCGAGCACAAGCCGAGAAGGAGAAGGAGAGGGAGGAGGAAAGGGCAGAGUACAGAGAUUGUUGAGGCGGGAUCUGUUUGAUGCCCGAUUUCAGAUGCUUAUUGACGAGGAAGAAGACGAAGCAACCGAUAGUGGUACAGCACAGAAGAGUACACGGCAGCAGAUGGUCGACGGAAAAGUGGACGCGCACUCGGACUUGGUACCAGGGGUAUACGAGGGCGGACUGAAAACGUGGGAAUGUGCACUGGACCUCGUCGAGACGCUCGAUGCACUGCACUCGACCGCAUCCCACAACGACUCGUCCCGCUCCACUUGGUCCCACAGACUGUCAGGAAAACACAUUCUCGAACUCGGCUGCGGAACGUCUCUGCCAUCCGUGUUCCUUCUAGAUCAAGUGCUUCGCGACGAUCCUUCCACGCAACCGAUCAAUCUCAACCUGCAUCUCGCCGACUACAACGCUCAAGUAUUACAACUCGUGACGCUUCCCAACCUCAUCCUUGCCUGGUACGCGUCUCCUGCAGCAUCCCACUAUCGAUCUACCACUGAAGCAACCCACCUCGUACACGAACGCAACGAACUCGUGCGUCGCGGACAAGACCAUUUCCAUGCCGAAGACGAACUCGCCAUUACAGACCAACUCGUAGCCGCUUUUGAUGAGUCUCUCAAGUCGCGAGGCAUCCAGUUGAACUUUUACUCGGGCGCUUGGAGCAACUUCCCAUCGUCGCUCUUUGGCGAUGGUGGCGUGCACAAGAUGGAUAUCAUUCUGACCUCCGAGACAAUCUACUCGUUACAUUCGUUGCCCGCAUUGGUGGAGCUCUUGAGUCGAUACACACAGACAGAAGCGCAACACCAGCCAGCGUUGGUUCUCGUCGCCGCAAAGGUGAUCUACUUUGGAGUAGGCGGUGGCGUAGAGUCUUUCAAGCAAACGUUGGCCGAAAUGCACCCAAGCGCCACAGUAGAGCCAAUCCAUAGCGUGACAAAGGGCGUUGGCCGGACCGUUCUCUCGGUAACAUUCUAG